UUGCAGAGUUUGAGAAUAGUCCAGUCGGUCCAUGAACUUUAUCCAGACUUUGAUUUUGCCAGUUCUUCCCAAACCUGAAUCAAAGCCUACAACUCAAGUCUAACUUUGGGCGGAGUCUGGACCUCAUCUUUCUGCUAUGACGUGUGACCCUGAUGUUGAUCCGGUAAUUGAAAGCGAGCCUAAUGGCGACUUCACUUGAAGUUGCUAUGGACAAAAGUCAACAAUAACCAGGGAGUGCGAGUUACUGAAUGUUCAGGAUGAAGUGGCGAUUCAUUUUACUAACUUUUGUCUUUCUGACUCGCCGGUUACACCAGCCUGUCACCGGUGACUUUGCGCCCUCUGAUGAACGUCCAGACGUUGGACACGAUGAGGAUGUACACCCCAACACCCUCACAGAAACAAAUGGAGAUGUACUGGACAUGAACAUCCAAACAAGCAGGGAUGUACCAAACAAAAACUUUGAAACAAAUUGGGACAUAAACAAGGACAACUUUGAGGACGCUGACUGGCAUCCUCCUUCCUCCCUCCUGGAAACCGACUCCGACCUGUCCCCAGAGAUUGGUCCUUUAUCAGCGCAGUGCGGUGAGUACAGCAGCCAUCUGACGUCAAGCGGCCAUUGCCGACUGAUGGCGACGCUGCCUCCGGUGCUAGUGGGAACCUCGCAGAAACGCUGCCCGGAUAUGUUCCGCUGCACAGACGACAUCUCAAAUUGGCUCCACGAGAACCAGAACAGAAAAGAACAGCUGGACGACUUGACGGAAACAAUGUCAGAGCUGCAGGAAGAGCUGAGGAACCACGGCCAUCGAAUCACAACCCUGGAGGAGCAGGGUGUAGAAAGUGUUGGUUUGAACCUGACCUUUGACCAGCGGUUGAGGUGUCUGGAGUUGCGUCACGCCGAGGUCGACACGCUUUUCCACGUGCAUGCGACGCUGCUGUAUGAGCUGCAGGCGCAGCUGCGCAACCUGUCAGCAGCCGUGCAGCGCGUGAGCCGCAAAACGGGCUGCAAGAUCAACGACGUCAGAACUUCACCGCUGCUCGCCAUGCGAGCCACACCAGAGAGACAGCACCUGUCUUUCUGUUCAUCCGACUGUGCGUCUCUGUAUCACAAUGGUGUUCGUCAUUCUGGUGUUUACAACAUCAUCCUGUCGCCAGGCACCGUCCUGCCAGUCUACUGCGACAUGGAGACGGAGGGAGGGGGCUGGACCGUGUUUCAGCGGCGGCGUGACGGCUUGGUGAGUUUUAAUCGUGGUUGGUCGGAGUAUCGCGACGGCUUUGGCGAGCCACGGGGGGAACACUGGCUGGGCAACCAACAGCUCCACCUGCUGUCCAACCAGGGCCACUACAGCCUCCGCAUCGAGCUGCAGGACUGGAGCCACGUCCAAAGACACGCCCUGUACCACAGCUUCAGGAUAGAGAAUGAGGAGAACCAUUACCGCCUCCAUGUGUCUGGUUUCAGCGGAACGGUGGAGGAUUCGUUCGGUUGGUACCACGACCAGCAGGGCUUCAGCACGCCAGACACGGGCAACAUCUGUGCCGAGAUCAGCCACGCCGGCUGGUGGUUCCACCAGUGUUUCUACGCCAACCUCAACGGCGUCUACUACAGGGGUGGGCGCUACUCUCUGAAAGCUCAGAACUUGCUCGGGCCGGACGGCAUCGUCUGGUUCUCCUGGAAGGACUCGGACUUCUACUCUCUGAAGGCGGUCACCAUGAUGAUACGACCACGCAACUUCAGGCCACGCUUGUCGCCAUAG